AUGCUUGAGUUAAAAGAGGAAGAUGAUGAUAUUCUCUCAAAUUUAAUGAAGGAUUGUGUUGAAAUUUGUGGAAAAUUGCGAAAUAUUCCAGUGAAGGGUUUUGGACCUCUUGUUGAAGAGAACAGUUCAACCAAUUUGAGAGGAAAAUUCGAAACUUAUUCAGAGUUUAUUUCUCACACCAUCAAGGAACAGAAAUUUCUAUUGAGCAAAAUGGACCCAUCUAGAGGGCAGAUAUUAGAAGAAGGAAUGCAACAAUUGGAAGAUUUCUUUUCAGAACCUCAAAAUUCAUUCCAAAUUCUUUCCAAUCAAAAAAGUUCUCUGACUAUUGUUGAUGUAAAUCCAGCAAAUUUCAUCAUUUCCUAUCCGUCUCAAAGUAUUGUCAUGAUUGAUUUGGAAGUUCUUGUUGGGGCCAAUGAAUUAUUUGUGAUGGGAAGUUGGAUGGCCAAUCUGUAUGGAACUAGAGCAUACUCACACUUCCGAAAGCAUUGGGGAUUUACUAUGGUGAAACAAGAAGAAACUCUCUGUAUAGCAUUUGGAUUGUUAAGAAUUCUAAAUAUCAUGAUUCAUUUGGGGUUAAAUACAGAAUUGGAUUUGGAAGAUAUCAAACCAUUCGGAAAUCACCUCUCUUUCAAAACAUUAAUACUAGAAUUUUGUAACAUUUUGAAAACAAGUCAACCAAUCAAGAAUUAA